GUGGAGCUGGCCUGGGACUUCCCGCACAAGGAGGUCGCGAUCCUGGAUUUCUGGAUGAGCGCCGGCUCGAGCGAGUCGAACGCCUUCCUAAGCCGCUUCAGGUUCGCAGCAGAGACGCUGAAGUACCACCUGCAGUUCGUGCCCCACUACCACAUCUUCGAGCUCCCCGAGGGAACGGACGACCGAGGCUUGUGCGUCCCGCACACCAAGUCAAGGUUCUGCGCGCCCGACCCCGACGGCGACGGGCCCAUCACCGGGGCGGCCGUGGCGCUGGAGGACCUGAGGCAGCUCUGCAUCUGGAACCUCACCGCGCGCCGGGAGCCCGGCGCGCCGAAGGGCGCGCUGUACUCCCAGGAGUUCUGGGAGUACGCGUCCACGUUCAUGCAGGACUGCCUCGCCAGGGCCGCCGUCGACGAGGAGUGCUCGCUCGGCAUACUGAAGGGCCUGGGUAUCUCUGUGGACGCCGUCAAGCAGUGCAUGGACCUGAAUUUCCAGACGUACUUCGAGACGCAGAAGAGGGAAGUGGCGUGGAGCGACCAGGCCCUCCGGCUGAACGGCUGGCGGUACACGGGCCCGCUGGACCCGGAGUCGGUCGUCAAGGCGAUCUGCUCCAGCUUCGACCCCUCGCCCCACGAGUGCACCGCGCUGCUGGACAGCAUGAAGUACAGCCGAGCCGCUUCUGGCGUCGGGCACUGGGCGGCGGUGUCCUUCCGGGCGCUGGCCUGGACGAUCUUCCUGCUGCUCGCCGUGCUGGCCCUGGCGUUCCUGUUCUACAAGAGGCACGUGACGCAGUCGGUGCGGAAGGUGCUUCGGGAG